GAAGAGUUGGCGGUUUGUUUAUUGUUGUUGCAAUGGCGUCCAUCACUGAGCUGAAGUGUGCUGUCAGAGACACCCUGGAGUCCAAGGGAGUGCUCGGCCAGCUGAAGGCUCGGAUCCGGGCAGAGGUGUUUGGUGCCCUGGAUGACCAAAGUCAACCUCGCCCACCACUGUCCCACGAAAACCUGCUGAUCAACGAGUUGAUUCGAGAGUACCUGGACUACAACCAAUACCGUCACUCAUCCUCCGUCCUAACAGCAGAAUCUGGCCAGCCUGAUGUUCCCUUAGACAGAAAGUUCUUGGCAGGUGAGCUGCAUGUCUGUGAAGAUGCAAGCUCCAGGUCUGUACCUCUUCUUUACGGCCUGGUCUCCCACUUUAUGAACAGCAGUGAUAAAGGAGAGAAGGUGGUCCUACGGCAACACACGCAAGACACUGCCCCGCAGAAGACGCACAAUUGACCUGAUCCUUUUUCUAACACUGAAACACUAUUUCAGUGUUUAACUUGUUCAGCUGUUUUAAACUGAAACCUUUAGCAGUUUCCUAUAUCUGUACUUGUUAGCGUCAUACCGCAUAAGAUUGAUCUUUUCAACUUAGUAAAAUGAUUUUUGAAUUUGAUUUGAUUUUUGAACGACUUUCUGCUUCCACUCAUGGGGAUUUCCUGCUAUUUUCUUACUGACAUUUUCCUUUUCUGUUGCAAGUUACUUGUACUUUAUUUCUGUUGUGAUAAAUGUGACUAUUUAUAUGUAGCAUAAA